CGCGCGCGCGCUGCUCCGCCCCCCGCCCGGCCAUGUCGGACAAGAUGGCGGCGGCCUCCCCGCAGCCGCAGCCGGGCCCCGGGCCGCCGCCGGGGGAGGCGGAGGGCGGCGGCCCGCGCGGCGGCGGCGGCGGCGGCGGCGGCGGCGGGGCGGACGGGGAGGCGGAGGCGGAGGAGUUCGGGUGCCCGGCGCACUGCGCGGACCUGGCGUGGCGGCAGAACGAGCAGCGCCGCCACGGCCUCUACUGCGACAUCACUCUGGCCUUUGGCGGCGGGCGGCCCGGGGCGGCCCGCGAGUACCGGGCGCAUCGCUCCGUCCUGGCCGCUGCCACUGAGUACUUCACGCCGCUGCUCUCGGGGGGCUUCGCGGAGUCGCGCUCGGGCCGCGUGGAGCUGCAGAAGUGGAGCUCGGAGGGCGGCCCCGACCCCGACACGGUGGAGGCCGUCGUGGGCUUCAUGUACACCGGCACCAUCCGCGUCAGCCCCGGCAACGUCCACGAGGUGCUGGAGAUGGCCGACAGGUUCCUGCUGAUCCGGUUAAAAGAGUUCUGUGGAGAGUUUCUGAAGAAGAAGCUCAAUCUCUCCAACUGUGUGGCAGUUCACAGCCUAGCCCACAUGUACUCCUUGAACCAGCUGGCCCUCAAAGCUCAGGACAUGAUCCGGAGGAACUUCCACAGAGUGAUCCAGGAUGAGGAGUUCUAUACUCUGCCCUUUCACCUCAUCAGGGACUGGCUCUCGGACUCAGAGAUCACAGUGGACUCUGAAGAAAUCCUCUUUGAGACUGUCUUGAAGUGGGUUCAGAAGAAUCCUGAUGAAAGAGAGAGGUACUUUGAAGAACUCUUUAAAGUGCUUAGGUUGUCACAGAUGAAACCCACUUAUCUUACUCGCCACGUCAAAUCUGAAAGGCUGGUAUCCAGCAACGAAGCCUGUGUCAAGUUAGUGUCCGAAGCAGUGGAAAGUCACGCCUUGCGGUCUGAGAACUUGCAGUCUGGUAACCUACAACAUUCCACUAGUCCUCUAGCAUCGUUGCCUCGCUUUGGGCAAAAUAUGGAUGUCAUUAUGGUGAUUGGUGGUGUAUCGGAGGGAGGCGACUACUUGAGUGAGUGCGUGGGGUAUUUCAUUGAUGAGGAUAGGUGGGUGAACUUGCCACACAUACACAAUCAUCUUGAUGGGCAUGCGGUUGCUGUGACAGAAUCUUACGUUUACGUGGCUGGCUCCAUGGAACCAGGAUUUGCCAAGACUGUUGAAAGAUACAAUCCAAACAGAAAUAUUUGGGAGCAAGUCUCAAAUUUAAUAACCAGAAAGCAUUCUUUCGGCCUUACCGAAGUUAAAGGAAACUUGUACAGUAUCGGUGGACAUGGCAAUUUCAGUCCUGGCUUUAAAGAUGUAGCCAUUUAUAAUCCCGAGCAAGACAAAUGGCUUAACCUGGAAUCAGCACCAACGAUUCUUCGUGAUGUCAAAGCUAUUUCUGUAGAAGAUCGGUUUGUUUAUGUUGCUGCUCGUACCCCAGUUAACAGUGAUAGCGAAGAUGGAUUGAGGGCGAUUAUUGUCAGAUAUGAUGCUGAAACAAGGCAAUGGCAAGAUGUGGAGUCUCUGCCACUUAUUGAUAACUACUGCUCUUUCCAAAUGUCUGUUGCUAACACAAACUUUUACCAUACAGCAUCCUGCUGCCCCAAGAGUUACCCUAUUGAUAAUGAAGAAGCUAAGAUAAAGAUAUCUGGCAGGGCCUCAGACGAAAUACUUGAAAGUUUACCUCCAGAGGUUCUUAGCAUUGAAGGGGCAGCUAUCUGUUACUAUAAAGACGAUGUUUUCAUCAUUGGGGGGUGGAAGAACAGUGAUGAUAUUGACAAGCAAUACCGGAAAGAGGCAUAUCGUUACUGCGCUGAGAGAAAGCGCUGGAUGCUUUUGCCUCCUAUGCCUCAGCCUCGCUGUAGAGCAACAGCCUGCCAUGUGAGAAUUCCUUUCAGAUGCUUGCAGGGAACACAAAGAUAUCCUAUGCCACAAAAUCUGAUGUGGCAAAAAGAUAGAAUAAGACAAAUGCAGGAAAGACAGAUGCAGGAAAUACACAGACACUCUCUAAGCUUACGAAGAAUGCCACGCUCUCAGAUUGAAUGCUAGUUUCCAGAGUAUCGCUCCUGAUUAAUCUGAUUUAACAAAUACUGUACUAAGCCAUUUUUUAAGGCUUGAUAUGUUUCUAUAAGAUAUUGAGAUUUGAUUGGGUUCGAUGCAUAAAAAUAGCAUCUCUUUAUUAAAUAUUGAAAAUUAAGAAGCUCAGAAGUUGAGGAUGGAUAGGAAUUAAGAAACCCUCUGAAUCCAAAUGUAUUACCUAUCGUGCCCAGGGAAAAGCUGGUUUCCUAUUAAUGGGCUGCGGAAUAUCUCCAGGAACAUUAGAUCUGUUAAUUCUCUCUUCAGGUCUUUGUUUUCAAAGAUUUAUGUAGAGUUAGUCUAACAGUUCUGUUUUGAAAAUCAAAAAUCUCUAUCUUAAUAAUUUAGUGGUUACAUUUGAGUAUGUUACAGUUGAGUAACAGUGUGCUGAAAGCACCUGUUUUAUUUGCACUUAUAUAUUGACAUUCCUUUGAUUCUCUCCUCAGUGGCUAAACUUCACAUGUAAUUGGUGUUAGUGCACUCAGCUUUCCCGAGUUGGAAGCACGUGCAAUGGUUAAAUAUCUGUUUAUGAAAACAAAAGCACAAUCUUUCUUUAUAAAAUUACUUCAGAAUGUUUCUAUAUAUAUUAAAUAUUUUGUAUCUGUAUAGUGUAGAAAGGCUGCAGAGUUUGCUUAUAAACAGAUGAUUGGUAGAACAUCAGACACUUGCGAAAAUCGAGAACUUGAGGCAGCAGAUUUUUCCAGGUAUAUCUGGAGAUGCUUUGAGUUUGUCUUUGACAGCUUCAUUAGAAACUUAGUCAACAAUCAGCGUGAUAAAAAGAGUGGAAACAGCAAAGUAGCCACCUGUCAAAGUAGACUGUUCCCUUCUAAAGUCAGAGUGGAUUAAUAAGAAUGGGAUUAUUUCACAGUAAUAUAUUAAAACCUAAGCAACUUGUAGAUCCUUUCUCAAAUGUUGCACUCCUUUAAUUCCAGUGAAAACGUGAUUGAAAGAACCCCCAUGAACCUGUUUCCAGCCUCUCUUUGACAAUCAAUACUUUUUGCCUUCAGUAUACUUUCCCUAGAAACUCACAGUAGCUGUGCCACAGUGCUCCUUAACAAAUUAGCACUUAGUGUUUCUCUUGAAGGGAGAUAGUUGGCUCUUGAUGUACUGAUGAUGAGAAGAUUUUUUAGAGGCAUUUGGGUUUUCGCCGUCUCUAAAUGGUUGUGUUUCCCCACUUAGUGUGGUUGUGGGAUUUAAGCUGAUGGUGAUAAAAUGGAGCUAUUUAGAUACCUUUGGGAAUUUUGAGGAGAUUUUGUGUAAAUCGGUGCCCUGGUUGGCUCUGGUUUGCUUACUGUAAUACUCCCAAGGAACAGCAUAUCGAGUAUUUCCUUUAGAGUAUCACUGCCUCUAAGUUAACUGUCCCACUGAACACUCCUUCUCCAUGGUCUGAAGAGCUCCAGGAGGUUUUGGUUACUUGUGGAUUCAGUGCUUCCUUCCUACCUCCUUUUCUUCCCCAUCCUUCCCUCUAUUUGAAUGUUCCAGGUUUUCACUUGCAGCCAAACUCAGGAUCUUAGGGAAGGGAAAGGGAGGAAUAACCAGGGUGUUCCAAAAUUCAUGUAGAUAAACAUUGUUGAAAAAGCUGUUUACUGUCUUUGGUUCAUAUGAUAAUUUGCUGGGGUCUUUGCUGUGGGCAACUUCUUUGCAGAAGAACUUCUCAACAUUUUUUUAAUUGUUUAGCUUUCUGAACUGAUACUUCUCAUUUUCCAAUUCAGCAGGCAACCUAGAUCAUAUCUGAAACACUGGGUAAGUCUUUCAACUACAUAAUUUGUACCGGUUUCUCUAAUGUGUGCAUCCUGUCAUGCUCCACUUUGCAGUUCACUUGACACUCUGAUAUCAAUAACUUGCCUUGUUGUAAUAGAAUAAUCUAGCCUUGGGUUUUUUAUCUUGAAAAUCUAACAGUUCAGUCUCGAUUUACUCAUCUGUAGUAACCUUGUUGUAUUUUAUUUGCCUGUGGGAUUGCUGUGCAAGGGCAGAUUAAAUUGUGUGAGGCUGGCCUAAUGCAAGAGAGGAAAUGGAUAAGCUUGUUCAGGUUUAAGGCUGAUGUUCAAAAGUGACUGUUGCUGAACAGCCUGCAUGAGCUGAUUGGUAAGGUGUUAAUGAAUUGAGUUUGGCAGAUAGAUGAGUUCUUGCAGAUUUGGCUGGAGCAGUUUAAGAAUUACUGCCCCUACAACACAGUUGGUGAAUGGAAUGUGUGAAAAAGCCUCACAGCUUCCUUACGAAAUCCACUGAUUUAACCUAAACUUAUCAGAGCUGAAUUUAAGAUACCUUACCAGACUUUACACGGAAGCAGCUGAGAAGAGUUCAUAUAUUUCAUUCCACUGACUUUCCUCUAGGAUUUUUAACUAGCCGUUGGAGGAUACUAGUAUGUCAAACCACCACAGCUCUGUCAAAGCCCUUAUGUAGUCUGCUGAUAAAUUUUGCAGGGGGAAAUAUCAAGAUUAUUGUUUCAAUUGGAACAUGAGCUAAAUAGUUUCAAGUGUGGCAGUAUGCAAGAAAGUUAGAGCUACAAGAACAAGCUUUUUGCAGUCUUUUUCUAAGCAAAGUUGGUAUUUGCAUUUACCGUGAGAACUUUUUGCCAACAUACAAGUUGUAUAGUUUACUAAAGACAUUCCACUUCAAAGAUUAUGUCAAAGUAACUUCAUAGCUGGUCAGUUUAACUUGUGAAUGCCAGCCAUGGUGCUGUAUGUGAUGCACUGUAUCUCUCUUUGUAUGUUCGGUUUGCAUGGUGAGUCGUGGGCACUGUGAACAUAAUCAGUUUGCUCUAACUUUUGCUAUGCCAGUUCUAUGGAACUUUUAAGUAGUUGGAUAUUUUAGCCUUGACUUUAAGUGGACCAAUUGCAUUGCACGCCGUUUUUAACUGACAAGUCUAACUAUCCAUUGAAUCAGAUGCAGAUGUUCAGAAAAAUUGAAUUACUGACUGUGGAAGUAAUUUAACCCACUCACUUGUGAAUCAUGUAACAAAUUCCUUGUGGCCCUUGCCUGCUGUAGCUUGCUGGGUAUUUAUAAAAUGCACCUAUAAGCAAAAGCCUGGAAAUUCCUUCACUGUGUCUAUAGUGGCUAGCUAAAUGUCAAUAAGAUCCUAGUGUGUAUUCAGCAAGUAUAACGAGGCUGACUUCUGGCCUUCCCGAUGUAAAAGAACAUGAGAUGGAGUGUUUCUUCUCCUUAUGACAAUCAUACCUCUAUAACUGUACUAAAUAUGUGCCAUGAAAUGCAUGUUUCAUAUCCUGUCUUUCUGUUCAAAAUAUUAGUGAAGUAGGACACAUCCUGCCCUGCACUAGGCUGGUAAUGUAAUCAUUUCUAGGUGCCAUAUAUGUACAUAAUAUUUUAUAACAACCUCAAUACUCUGUUAGUAUACUGUUUUUGUACGUAUUUUUUAAUAAGAUUUCCUCUUGCACAUAGUAAGACACUACUCUGGAAAUACAGAAAAUAUGCCAACUUUUUAAGCAUGCAUUCUGAAUAUUAUCCCAAGUAUUCUGCUAUGCUCUUUCACUAUCAUUUUUUCUGCAUUACAAUAAAUGUUAAGAUCAGAACUAUUGCCUCAACUUGUGUGUCACAGAACACCUUGAUCAUUAUUGUCAAACUGAGUCGCAACAAAUAGCGACUUUUUAGAAGGUUAUUUUUAACUUGACAUUGUAAUAGGAUGUUGUAGCAUUCAAUGGGCUUAAAAAAGCAAGCUGAAAAUAAGUGUUUUAUGGCUUAGAUUUAUUUUCAGCUAGGUCCUUGUUGUGUUAGAAUAUAUAUCAUAUCUCUAACGUCCUAAGUGGAAGUCUGCUAAUACAGGUGCUCCUGAGGAUCUAAUCCUGUUAAUACGAAUGUAAAAUACAGAACUAACUAGAUGUUUGAAGAGCAUUAAUAGUCAGAUACUCCUCAUAGGUCCAUGUCACUGGAUCACGGCAGCUGUACUCUCCUGUCAAUAUUAAUGUAGACUUCAACACAUUGCUUGGGCAAGCAGCACUCCUGUACUUACUUCCAGUAAGGUAAAGUAAUAUCCGUGUGUAGGCUGUUUGAAACAAAUGCUACUGUAAUGUUCUUUACAUUAAAUACACUGUACUAAAGUUUAUUGUAAUAAGUGACUUAAAUAAACCUUUUAUUUCUCUAGCA